GAGUUGCCCCAGUUGCUGCGGAGGCGAAAGAGGAUGACAUCUUUGUCCCAUUCUGAAUCCCUUCCUAUCUGCCACGGGAUGGAAACAGCAGCCAUGCAGCCCUCUCAGAUGUCAGUGAGCUUCCAGGAAGUGGCUGUGUAUUUCACCGAAGAAGAGUGGAUUCUGCUGGAUCCAGGCCAGAGAUCUCUGUACAGGGAUGUCAUGCUGGAGAAUUAUGGGAACGUGGCCUCUCUGGAAGGAAUUGCAUUUCCCAAACCUGAUCUCAUUGCCUGGCUCGAAGGAGAUCCUCUUUUCAAGGACGCUGAUGAAGCCGAAGAGGGACAGGAUAACAAGAGUGACAGGAAUCUUUGUGAAGUGUCACCAGAGAAAGCUGAGCCUGCAGAAGAGGAUGAGAAUUUUGGAACUGAAGAAGGAUGCGAGAGGCAGGCUGGAGAUGAAGCAGAGAAAUGGAUGAACACCCCCGCUGUUUGUCAGAGUGAUGACUUCCAUGAAACUCUGAUCCAUCAACAGUAUCCCACAGGGAAAGGAAGCUAUCAGUGCCCUUCCUGUGGAAAAAUAUUCAGUUGUAAAUCAAAGUUGGAGACGCAUUCCCGAACCCACACAGGUGAGAAACCGUAUGAGUGUUUGGUGUGCAGAAAGAGUUUUAGUCGGGCUGCAAACCUGACAGUGCAUCAAAGAAUCCACACAGGUGAGAAACCAUAUAAAUGUCUGGAGUGCGGAAAGACCUUCACUCAAAGCACAGGCCUUGCUUCCCAUCAAAGGAUGCAUACAGGGGAGAAGCCCUUCCAGUGCCUGCAGUGUGGGAAGCGAUUCCGUCACAACACACACCUCACUUCUCAUCAGAGACUCCACACGGGGGAGAAACCCUACAAAUGCCUGGAGUGUGGGAAGAGCUUCCGUCUGAGCACGAGCCGUAGUUCACAUCAGAGAAUCCACACUGGGAAGAGACCGUAUCAGUGCUUGGAGUGUGGAAAGAGCUUCACUCUGAGUGCAUACUUGACGGAGCAUCAGCGAAUCCACACAGGGGAGAAACCCUAUCAAUGCUCAGAAUGCGGAAAGAGCUUCAGCCGCACCACAAGCUUGAUUUCACACCAACGGAUCCAUACAGGGGAAAAACCCUAUCAAUGCUUGGAGUGUGGGAAAAGCUUCCGACUGAGCACGUGUCUUGUUAGACAUCAAAAAAUGCACUCAGGGGAGAAACCUUAUAAAUGCCUAGAGUGUGGGAAGAGCUUCAGUCAUAGCACACGACUUACUUCACAUCAAAGAAUCCAUACAGGGGAGAGGCCCUAUAAAUGCCUGGAGUGUGGAAAGAGCUUUUGCCACAGCACAAGUCUGAGUGCGCAUAGAAAACUUCAUGCAAGGAAGGAGCCAUUUACCUGCUUGGAGUGUGGGAAGAGCUUCUGCCACAGCACAACCCUUAGUGCCCAUCGAAAACUCCACACAAGGAUGGAGCCCUUCACCUGCCUGGUGUGUGGAAAGGCCUUCCGGCACAGCACCAGCCUGAGCGCACACCGAAAAGCCCACGCACACAAAGGACCCUAUAAGUGUUCAGAGUGCGGCAAGAGCUUCUUCGAGAACACGCCAGUCAGUCUGCAUCUAAGAAACCACCCAGGGGAGGCACCUUCUCAGUGCUCAGAAUGUAGAAAGGGCUCUGGCCAGCUUUCUGCUCCCAGAACCAGCAAGCCAGCUGAAGUUGCUGGAGUUCAACCCCCUGGGAAACUGGAGCAGGAGAAAAAGGGGACUUUAGAUCCAGGGUUGGAGGGCUUCCCCCUUGAGGAGGGAAACAUCCUGGGGCAUGAGAAGCCAGCUGAUCUUUCUCUAAUGUUCUCAACUGCCCCACAUUCCCCUGGUGUAGACAACUGA